AUUGCAAGCGUGGGAGCCUCGGCCCCGCGCAGCUCCCUCCAGCGUCCCGCGCCCUCCUUCCUUCCUCGCCCGGACGGACGCACUUCCGGCGGAUGUGGGGGGGCAGCCCUCGGAAACGGAAGUGAGCGGCGGGGUCGACUGACGGUAACGGGGUAGAGAGGCUGUUCGCAGAGCUGCGGAAGAUGAAUGCCAGAGGACUUGGAUCUGAGCUAAAGGACAGUAUUCCAGUUACUGAACUUUCAGCAAGUGGACCUUUUGAAAGUCAUGAUCUUCUUCGGAAAGGUUUUUCUUGUGUGAAAAAUGAACUUUUGCCUAGUCAUCCUCUUGAAUUAUCAGAAAAAAAUUUCCAGCUUAACCAAGAUAAAAUGAAUUUUUCCACACUGAGAAACAUUCAGGGUCUAUUUGCUCCACUAAAAUUACAGAUGGAAUUCAAGGCAGUGCAGCAGGUUCAGCGUCUUCCAUUUCUUUCAAGCUCAAAUCUUUCACUGGAUGUUUUGAGGGGUAAUGAUGAGACUAUUGGAUUUGAGGAUAUUCUUAAUGAUCCAUCACAAAGUGAAGUCAUGGGAGAGCCACACUUGAUGGUGGAAUAUAAACUCGGUUUACUGUAGUAGUGUGCUGUUCAUGGAAACUGAGGGCUGCAUCUUGUUUAUAGUCAUCUUUGUACUGUAAUUUGAUGUACACAACAUUAAAAGUACUGACACCUGAGAAUUUCUGCUCAAGUAGUAUCGGUGAUCAUUUAAAAUCUGGGGGGAGGUCUUUGGUUUACAGCCAUGUGACAAUUAAAAGCACUAAAGGGAGAUCAUGUUAAAGCUCUUAAUUUAUAUUAAAACAAUAGCCUUUGUCUUUAAAAAAGUUGUUGCUCAUGAAUAUUAUAAAAUGGUCUACAGGUUUCAAUUCAGCCUGUUUCUAAGUUUUUUGUAAAUUUAGUUUUGAAUAAGCAUUAUAAGUAUUUGAGUCUGUAAACUUUAUAGUAGCAUCUUUCAGAAUAAACAUUUUUAAUUGA